AGGUACAGUAUCUUCUCACUUCAGUUGAGCCUGACUGCCACAAUGCUUUUUUUUUUUAAGGAGGCACACGAGCUUUCUCCGUACAGCAUCCAGCGAAACCCGCCGGCGCCGAAGCGCGGGGUCACUUUAAUUAUUCUGGUUUUUUUUUCCUCUUUGCUACCAGAGGCAAUAGCUGUGAGAGGCAGCGGGAGCUGGGUGGCUGGAGGAGAUAACCCCAAAGCCCAGCCUUGGCCGGGGCUGCGGUGGCAUGCAGAGCCGUGCUUUGCAGGCAUGAAGUUAGCGGCUUGUCAGCAUCGCUGCUCCGGUUGGGAGAGCUGGGUUGGAGGUGCCCAUCUGGGAGCUAAUGGGUCGCGCUCUCACUCCACCCAUUCGCCGCUUGCCAAUUGGAAGUGAGGGAGAAAGAUGCUCUGGAUGGAUUAAUAUUGGAGCCAUUGAAAAAGCACGAGCCGUUGCUGCCUCGGCCACCUGAGCAAGUGGCAUUUGGGAGCAAGUGUGGUGGCUCGGAGGGUGCAGCCAGGAGGGGAGUGGAGGCUGUUUGAACAGUAUCUCUAUUAAAGAAAUAGUGCAGAAUCUCCACCAGCAGCGAUGUCAAGAAAUGGAUACUUCUUUGAAGAGAGUGGGUACCUCAAAUGCGACACGGACGAUGGCUGCGAGGCCAAGGAGGAGACGGGAGGCGAGGAGCUCUUCGACGGGGUGAACUCCUCCAUCGUCUCGGGGGACAGCAUCCGCUUCUUCGUCAACGUGAACCUGGACAUGCCGCCGAAUGCCGCCGCUGAAAAUGAAAGUGCUGGCUGCGUGUUACUGCACACAUCAAGGAAGUACCUGAAAUUAAAGAAUUUUGAGGAGGAAGUCAGAGCCCACCGAGACCUGGAUGGGUUCUUGGCCAGAGCCAGCAUCAUCCUUGAUGAAACAGCCACCUCCUUGGACGAUGUUCUUCGAGAGAUGCUGAAACACUUUGCUGAAGAUCCUGAGAACAUGGAGCCAAGCUGCAACUUCGAGAAAAUCAUGAGCACUUUAUUCACAGAUUCAGGGACCCCACGGGAAGGGAAUGGCACCCAUGAUGUUUCAGAGUCAACAGGAAUGAAUAUACAAACAUGUACAUCGCACCUCAAAUUUCACCUCUUAUCAGAUACAAUUCAAGGGGUCACAGCGACAGUCACAGGGGUGCAGUAUCAGCAGUCCUGGCUCUGUAUCAUUUGCACCAUAAAGUCCCUUCAGCGACGUCAUGUUUGCAUCAGCCGCCUGGAGAGGCCUCAGAAUUGGGGUGAAAACUCCUGUGAAGUGAGAUUUGUGAUAUUAGUCCUGGCUCCUCCUAAAAUGAAAAGUACCAAAACUGCCACAGAAGUGGGCAGGACAUUUGCCACGAUGUUUUCAGACAUAACCUUUCGGCAGAAACUGCUAGAAACCAAAACCGAAGAGGAGUUCAAGGAAGCCUUAGUCCACCAACGCCACUUGUUGACGGUGGUGAAUCAGAGACCCUCAGCAAUGAGUGAUGGGCACAAGUCACAUGGUCCUAAGCCACUCAAGUUGCACGAGUUUCUCAAUGUUGGCAAGGGGAUUUCUGAUGACAUUGCACGAAGACUUCCAGUGUACGCUUUGGACUUCACUGACGGUGUUACUGGAAACAACAAAGCUAUAGGAAAAUACAUCACGACUAUGAUCUUUCUGUAUUUUGCCUGCCUUCUUCCAUCCAUUGCAUUUGGGUCGCUCAAUGAUGAAAAUACCCGAGGAGCUAUUGAUGUGCAGAAGACAAUCGUCGGCCAGUGUAUUGGAGGGUUACUUUACGCGCUCUUCUCGGGGCAGCCUCUAGUUGUACUCCUAACUACAGCUCCUUUAGCACUCUACAUUAACGUCAUCCGAGGAAUCUGUGAUGACUACAACUUGGAUUUCAGUGCUUUCUAUGCAUGGAUUGGACUGUGGAACAGCUUUUUCCUUGUGAUGUACUCCCUCUUUAAUUUCAGUCUUCUGAUGAAGCUCUUUAAAAGGUCAACAGAAGAAAUAAUUGCACUUUUUAUAUCCAUCACGUUUGUGCUUGAUGCCUUCAAAGGCAUUAUUAAAGUUUUUAAGAAAUAUUACUACCAUGGGCGCACAGGAGACAGUUACUUGGAAAAAGCACGAACUGAUGCUAUUCCAAGCUUCGGCAUCAAUACCACCUUCUUGAUGAAUUCAUCAGUGAGCAGAUCCAUGUCCCUAGAGAAUCAAACAGGCAUGCAUGAUGUGCAUUAUGGACGUGAAACUGCCGUCCUUAGUCUCAUGUUGAUGUUGGGUACCCUUUGGCUUGGUCAUACGCUCUAUCAGUUUAAGAAAAGCCCGUAUUUGCAUGCAAGAGUACGUGAAAUUCUGUCCGACUGUGCCUUACCCAUUUCAGUACUGACUUUCUCUGUUGUGGGUUCCUAUAUCUUCAAGGAAAUAGAAAUGUCCACAUUUAACUACAAUCCAUCUGAGAGCUUGUUCGUGCUGGCCCCAGUCCAGUCCCUCUCCAUUGGGUCAGUGAUGAGCGCCAUGGGGCUGGGGUUCCUCCUGUCAAUGCUCUUCUUCAUAGAGCAGAACAUCGUGGCAUCACUCACAAAUGCACCGGAGAACAGGUUGGUGAAGGGAACAGCCUAUCACUGGGACCUCCUUCUCGUUGCGCUGAUCAACACGGGGCUGUCGGUCUUCGGCCUCCCAUGGAUCCACGCUGCCUUCCCUCACUCCCCAAUGCACGUCCGCGCCCUGGCCUAUGUGGAGGAGAGGGUUGAAAACGGACACAUCUAUGAGACGAUUGUGAGCGUGAAGGAGACCCGGCUGACGUGUCUAGUGGCAAACUUCUUGGUUGGCCUCUCGCUCCUGCUCCUUCCUUUCCCUCUCCAGUGGAUCCCAAAGCCGGUCCUCUAUGGCCUCUUCCUCUACAUCGCGUUGACCUCCAUUGAUGGGAACCAGCUCUUUGAAAGGGUUGCUCUCCUGCUCAAAGAACAGACCGCUUAUCCUCCGACACAUUACAUCCGCAGAGUGCCCCAGAGGAAGAUCCACUAUUUCACAGGCCUGCAGGUCCUGCAGCUCCUCAUCCUCUGUGGUUUUGGCAUGUCACCGUUGCCCUACAUGAAGAUGAUCUUCCCACUCAUCAUGAUAGGGAUGAUCCCAAUCAGGUAUAACCUGCUCCCUAGGAUCAUCGAAGCCAAGUACUUGGAUGCGAUGGAUGCAGAACAUUAAACGGGGUCCUCUGCACGGGGAGCAGUGAGGACAGCUCUUGGACUUGAAAGGCAGCUUUGCCGAGGCGUAGAACAAUCUAUCUGCAGUUCUUUCUUUCACCACUUUCUUUCUGCUCUAAUAUGGCGUUGGUAAUGCGCACAUAUCAAAGACCAACUGAGCAUAGAAGUGUCAGACCAAAACAGCCUUGGACUUGGGAGGUCGCUGCUCUCUGGAGCUGUGAGGCAAGCAAGCUUUAUGGAAAUGCUACUUUCCACAUUCCAAAACUGGAAACCCCAAAGAUCAGCAUGCCCGUACAGUUGGAGCACGCGUUCUCAGAGUUGCCGUGUGUUUCCUUGUUUGAGGGGUGGGGGGAAUCUUUUUUUAUGCACCGUGUCCCUUUCUUCCAAAACACUAUAAGUACAGCAACUGACCCUUCUUUUACAGAACGACAGUACGGUUCUGGCCUUUGAAUUCCAUUUCCUGUGCAUCCGGUAUUCCCAAAUUGGUAUUCUGGGUAGGAUGGCCUCAUGCUAAACCAUCGAUGUCAGGAAAGAUAAUUUCUUCAGAUUAGCAAGGCUGGAUACAGAUAUAAUUUGUACUGAUACAAUCGAUGGGUUUCGAUGAAUAUUUAAUUCCUAUAAAUGAGCUGGAAGUGUUCAGAGGUUGGCUCACAUGUUGAUAUGGAUGAAACAGCAUCUGGGUCUAAGCUACUUGGGAAUGAUUUCAGAUCUUUCUGCCAUUACUUCUCGGUAAUCAGAUGACAGAAGUGUCGUUUUGCACAACUGCAACAUUCUCGCUUGCACCCAGAGUCAGAUGCUGAAACGUGUCAAAGGGCAGUUGUGUUAAUGAUUGCAUAUACAUAUGUACAGUAGUGCCUAUGUGUACAUAUAUACAUAUGGAUUUGUGUAUAUAUUUUGCAUAGAUAUACAAAUGGGCCUGAUUCUUUCAAAAUAUCAAGUGUUUUGUGCAGUCAGUGUUACCUGUGAUGUCUCGACCAUAUUCUUCUCCUCUGCUUCAGUGCUGUUUUUCUCAUUUGAGAUAAGGUCGCUCUUUUCCUUUUGAAGAGGCUCAGUUACUAAUUUUGCUCGUGUUGCUUUAUUCAAGGUGUUCCUCUUGCUUUCCUCUUCUCAUGGCCUGAGACCUUCAUCAUUCUGACCUGAUGCUCCAACAUGUGAAUUUUGCGUUUAUUUUUAAUGUACAGCAUGCAGUGAGAGCUUUCCUCUUCCGCCUAAUCAAUAUUUGUUGGUCAUUUCCUUGUUUCUGUUUUGUAACUAAUCUCCAGUCUUCCCCACUCCCAGACAUUACAUUAUAUUUCUGGAUGAAUCUAACUUCUACUGUCUUUUAUAUUUGAUUUUGCUUGUACUAUGGUCAGUUUUCAUAUUUGGAGUACUGUGAAACAAGCUGCCCUUUAGUUCAGUGCUUGGCCUUCGCACACUACAGAUCACAAGUAAAGUGUUAAAAAUGUGGGCCUCUGAAGAGAAUGAGCUUCCAACACAGCAGAAAUGAGGGAAGAAGGGUAAUAUAAAAUGAAAUGCAAAUAUAUUAUUAGCACAGAGAAGUGUUUCUUUCCAGUUGCUUGCCCAGUAAAUGGUGCAGAGUUGUUAUCAGCACAUGCCCAACUGAUUGGGUGUUCCUCUACAUGAUGAGGAAGACCGACUCUGUAAUGAGGGAGGAAGGCAUUGGGUAAAAAGCUUCUAUGAUGAAACUAAGCCAGACUCAAGCCAGUGAAGAUUUGGUGUAUUUGCACUAAAUAUCAGAUGGUAUUUCAUCUUACUGUAGCUGCCUAUGGCUUUAAAACAUGUAUGAAAAACUCAUUAUUUUCUUAUGAAACCCUUCAUCUUUGUAUUGAUACUUGAUGGAGCAGUAAGUGUUCCCCAGAACGCGACCAUGGCUAAUAUCUCCCAGAGCAAGCACAGGGAAAGCCCUCAGCUUGGCAAGCAGAACAGUGUCGCAUGACCUUCAUGUUGCACCAGCCAGCUCUUGUGGGACUGCCGAGAACUCUCAGGGUCAGGAUGACCACCCCAGUACAUCAAAGCAGGUAACGCCAUGCAUUUGGCUUUUAGUCUGUCUGGGGUAGCAGGGGUAACUCAUGCUGUGUCUGAUAGGUGGUGUGACAGCAGAAAUAAAUAUGUGUGUGGUUUCUGACCACCUUGGUCAAUAUUUCUUAGCUUUUGGGUCAUUUUUAUGGUGAGAUCACUAAUAGCCGUUACCAAGGUCUACGUGUGGAAACGGGGCGGUCAGCAAACAGGAUUUUGGGGCAGUGCAAAGGUGGAGGUGGUAAAAGUAUGUCUGGUCUUCAGUCAACAGAAGAAGAGCAGGUGACAGCAAACAGUUCAGUAGCUGUUGUAAGACAGGGAGUGCAGAGGCCUGAUGAUGCUGAAAUAACAUGCUUUUCCCAUGGAUGUCAAAAGAUUUAACCAAAGGUAGAAUGAAAAGUGCGUUUAAUCGCUUACUCAACCACAGGACAUCACGUGUCCUGGGGUUGCAUUUCUGGUGUCUCAGUUCUUGGCAGGAAGGAAGAAGUCACCCUGUCGGCUGGUUUAAAUCAUACUGUGGAUGCUGUGGCUGGAGGAAGGAGAGGACGUGCCCAAGGGAAUGUGGUUCUGGCCCUCUCUGAGGAGAAGCAGAGGUUGUGGGUGAAAUUUCCUCUGGCACAGAGCACGGUGGGGUGAACUGGCAUGCAGGUCUUGCCAGGGGAAAUAGUUUUGAGAUAUACCCUCCAUCCCCCACACUUAGAAGGACCAAAAAUAUUCCUAUUUAAAGCCUCUUUGAAAGCAUCCAUUUCAGAUAGUGUCAAAUGUCGCUAACUGAGAUCACUUAAAAUCUAGAUUUAAGAUCGGGGUGGGUGGGUGUUAAAUAUCCUUCACAACUCUUGUUUAUAUCUUUUAUUGCUGUUGCUUUAGCAGUAUGGCUUCAGUGUUCGUGCUUUCUUUGUAGCAUCAAUAGGAUUCUGUUUCGUAGGGUUUUCUUUCAACAGAAGUCAGGGGCCAAAGAAUCAACUGAUGGGAAAUCAGCACAACUCGGGAAAAGUAGUGCUGGCUUAGACCGGUUGAACAUUUGCACCCAUGUCCCAAUAUGUGGGUGGAAGGGAGAUGUGAAACUCGAGGCCUCUUGGCUUGGGUUGUAAUGAUCCUGCAGAGGACUUUUUUUUUUUCUCCACACAAGUACCUUUUCUUUUCUUGUUUGCUUCUGGUUUUGCUGAUGUAAGUGCAGGCGUUUCCAGGAAGUAGGCUAACUAGGGAAGGAGGGUUUGUUCAGAGUUGAUUGAGCACUUUAAUACUUCUGUGAAGGUUGAGACAAUUAGAAUGUAAAAGAAGUUUUAUUAUAAGCUCUUUAUAUACGCACAAUGCUAUGUAUAACUGUUGCCAAAGAACUGGGUUUGAAAGAUGUUGAGAGCUAUUAAGAGUGAUGUUCACCUGGAACCACAAGGUAGUAAAAAGCUUCCGAAACAAGUGGAUUCUGGAAUUUACCUUUUGACAGAUGCCAAAAUAAUCUGAAACUGGGGACGGAGUAAACUUCUACUCUCCAACUUGUCGUUUUUGAUCUUUGCAUUGAAUGUAGGAGCUAGAAGUUAGCUUGAUAAUUAAAAUUGGAUUUAUACCUGAA